CUUGGAUAUUUUUGUGAGCCUACUGUACUGUACCCCCAGCAUCCUCCAUGAACUCUAUGAAAGAGCCUUUACAUUUGGAUCACUUGGCUGGGAGUAGAGUUGCUGCAGCUUCUUCCCAUCACCACCACCAUCAUCACCACCAGCACCAGACAGUGACCCUUGUAUCCAUGGCCUCCUCAUUGGGUCAGCGCUCUGGGGAGUGUAAGUCAAGGCUAGAGGUGCACACCAUCUCUGACACCUCCAGCCCAGACACUGCAGAUAAAGACAAAAGUCACCAAACAAAGAACGAGGACAGCAGUACCGAUGAUCCCUCCAAGAAGAAGAGACAGAGGCGACAAAGGACUCACUUCACCAGCCAGCAGCUGCAGGAGCUGGAAGCGACUUUCCAGAGGAAUCGCUACCCCGACAUGUCCACCAGGGAGGAAAUCGCAGUGUGGACCAAUCUGACAGAGGCCAGAGUCAGGGUCUGGUUUAAGAAUCGCAGGGCCAAGUGGAGAAAGAGGGAGAGGAACCAACAAGCCGAGCUCUGUAAAAAUGGUUUUGGCCCCCAGUUCAAUGGACUGAUGCAGCCAUAUGAUGACAUGUACCCCAGUUACUCGUACAACAACUGGGCAGCCAAGGGCCUGACUUCAGCCUCUCUUUCCACUAAGAGCUUCCCCUUCUUCAAUUCUAUGAAUGUCAACCCACUGUCCUCCCAGAGUAUGUUCUCCUCGCCCAAUUCCAUUUCUUCCAUGAGCAUGUCCUCUGGCAUGGUCCCCUCUGCUGUUACUGGGGUGCCAGGCUCUGGUUUAAAUAGCUUGAAUAACCUGAACAAUCUCAGCAACCCUUCCCUCAACACUGCAGUGCCAACGUCGGCCUGCCCCUAUGCUCCCCCUACACCUCCUUAUGUCUACAGAGACACAUGUAACUCCAGCCUGGCAAGCCUGAGACUCAAAGCCAAGCAACACUCUAGUUUUGGCUAUGCCACCGUUCAGACCCCAGGAUCCAACCUCAGCGCCUGCCAAUAUGCAGUAGACAGACCCGUGUGA